CAUUGACAAUAGCCUUGACCGCGCCGGUGUGCUUGUCUAGCACCAGAGUGCUUGCAGGCAGUCCGCGCUUAUCAUCGGAACUGGAGGGUACAGAGACCACCUUUAUAGCUGUUCCCAUAGUAGAUAUUCUUGCAGGCAUGAAAAGAGCGGUAUGAUUUUCCAUCGGAAUAGAGAUUCGAUGGGGUAAAUAAGCUGUUCCGCUUUCGGGCGAGGAAAUUAAAGCAAAAACAUCCUCCAUGAGAGAUUGAAGGAAUUCAACAGAGAGCUCUGCGGUAAUAUUCCUGACAUCUGUGCCAGUGAGUACUCGCACAGACAUCGUUCAAGUUCAAAGUUGUGGUCGAAUUAUCGAUCUUCCGAGGCUGGAGUGUUCCGGUCAACGGGUAGUGGCUGUGUGAUAAGAUAACUUCCUCCCUCCCAUGUCCUCUCGAAAACGAAAACAUGUUUCUCAAAAAAGAGAGCGUUUAUCGAAUCGUUUGCCUGAUGAACUGAAUGCUGCAGACCCUGUCCCACACCUGCAGGCAUAUGAAGCCGACAUUAUACGAGGACCUCGAGGACACGUCGCUGCGCUUUCUUUAGAAGUUCGCAAUGUUGAUGGCGAAAUGGAUGUUGGCAGUGGUCUUAUACGGCUUGGUGGAGAUUGUACACCUCUUGAUUUUCCUGAUGAUGACUGGCAGGACCACAAAGGCGAAGGAUCGAACCAUUUUAAUUCAGAAGCUGUAUGGGUCGAUAGAUACGAUGCACGAUUACUACUUGAUCCUCAGACAUUUUCCAAUACAGGAACGAAAGUGCAAGAUUAUGCCAUACCCAUCCCGAGCUCUCCUACAGGUUGGUCUGACCUUCCCUCUGACGCCGAAGACACGUUCUUCUUUACAGCCGGAGAGACUGAGGACUACCGGAGAGAGAAACGACGACGAAUGAUGGAACAGACCAGAGAUGAGAGGCUCAAAGCUAGGAUGGAGGAAGAUGGGGAAGAGAUCUGGGGAGGAAGCGAUGAAGAACCUCAUGAAUCACAAAAAGAAAUCAUGCGUCGUACUGCGAAAUCCAUACUCGCAUCACCGAAUCCCGCUCAAUUGGAGCUGCGUAUCCUGGCAAACCACGGCGCAGACGCGCGUUUCGCGUUUCUGCGUGGGCGAUGGAGUCGUGCUUGGCGUAUUGUAAAGGCUCAUGCCAGAGCGGAUCAUAAGUUGGAACAAGAGCAAGAGGCUGCUUCGAAAGCGAAUUCUCUCGGGAUGGGGCUUGUUGCCGAUUACGCUGACAGUGAUGAGAGUGGGGAAGAAACGCAGAAUGAGGUCAAAGACCAAGUUGAAAAGGCGGAAGUUGAAGUGGUUUCUACAGAUUUAAAUCAAGGAGAGGGUAUUGAGGCAGCACAAGAACUGCGUCGCGCCCGGGCAAGAGAAUGGAUGGCAAAUCGUCGCAAACCAAUUGCCCCUUAGUUUCAACCUCAACGUUGUACCGGUGGCGUUAUUUUUGUAUAUACCCCUGAGCCCAAAUCUGUUCUGCCUCCCCUAACAGAUUGACGCAAGGCAAGCGUAGAUCGAUAACAAUAGGUUCC